GAAUUAGGCGCCUCACUCACACUCUGUGUUUCCGUACGCCCUUGAUAUUGUGUGAGUGAGUGAGUGAGUGAGAGAGAGUUGUUGAAUUGGGACUUUCUCCGAGAUGGACGCGAUUCACGGACAUGUCCAAGUCCAUGAGUUGCGCCGAGUUGCGGGAAGCUCCCGAUAAGCGCAGGGACUUGUUUGAAUCUUUCUGCACAUACUUUUUGCACCGAUACGGAUACACAGUUUUCAUGAUAGGUAGUAAGAACAUUGUCUCUGUGCAAGUUCCAACUUUGCAAACUCGGAAGCCGACCCGGGCUCACCAGGUAUUGACUGGGAACAUCUGUACGGAUACCUAGUCAAGACUUAACAGCCACUUCUCAGACUACAAGACGCAAACAAGUACUAAACAGCAACGUUUC